AGUCGGCCGCGGGCCGUCGGCGGGUGCGGAGCUGCUGCCCCCUGCGGCCACCUCCGCUCCUUUCCCUUCCCCUCCCCGCCUUCCCUCCCUCCCUCCCUCCCUCCCUCCGCCUCGCCAUGGAGUAAGGUCCCCGCCGGCCGGACGGGGAGCCCCGCCGCGCCUCGAUGGCUCUGGUCACGGUGCAGCGCUCGCCAACCCCCAGCGCCACCUCCAGCCCCUGCGCCUCGGAGGCAGACAGUGGGGAAGAAGAAUGCCGGUCCCAGCCCAGAAGCAUCAGCGAAAGCUUCCUCACGGUGAAAGGAGCGGCGCUCUUCCUGCCCCGAGGGAACGGCUCCUCCACUCCCAGGAUCAGCCACAGGCGCAACAAGCAUGCAGGGGAUCUCCAGCAACACCUGCAGGCCAUGUUCAUACUGCUCCGCCCAGAAGACAACAUCAGACUGGCUGUAAGACUGGAAAGCACGUACCAGAACCGCACACGAUACAUGGUGGUAGUGUCUACCAACGGCAGGCAAGACACAGAGGAGAGCAUCGUCCUAGGGAUGGAUUUCUCUUCUAAUGACAGUAGCACUUGUACAAUGGGUUUGGUGCUGCCGCUGUGGAGUGACACCUUGAUCCACCUGGAUGGGGAUGGUGGGUUCAGCGUAUCAACAGAUAACAGGGUUCACAUAUUCAAGCCAGUGUCUGUACAGGCGAUGUGGUCUGCUCUGCAGAGUUUACAUAAGGCUUGCGAAGUGGCGCGAAGCAACAAUUACUACCCGGGGAGCCUCUUCCUCACGUGGGUCAGUUACUAUGAGAGCCACAUCAACUCGGACCAGUCAUCGGUCAACGAGUGGAAUGCUAUGCAAGAUGUGCAGUCCCACCGGCCCGACUCACCCGCCCUCUUCACAGAUGUCCCAACUGAGCGGGAACGCACGGAACGGCUAAUAAAGACCAAGUUAAGGGAGAUCAUGAUGCAGAAAGAUCUGGAGAACAUCACAUCAAAAGAGAUACGCACUGAGCUGGAGAUGCAGAUGGUGUGCAACCUGCGGGAGUUCAAAGAGUUCAUAGACAAUGAAAUGAUAGUGAUCCUCGGGCAGAUGGACAGCCCCACUCAGAUAUUUGAUCAUGUCUUUUUGGGCUCUGAAUGGAACGCCUCCAACUUGGAAGACUUGCAGAACAGAGGGGUGCGGUAUAUUUUGAAUGUGACUCGAGAAAUAGAUAACUUCUUCCCGGGCCUAUUUGAGUACCAUAAUAUUCGGGUGUAUGAUGAAGAAGCAACAGAUCUUUUGGCUUACUGGAAUGACACCUACAAAUUCAUCUCCAAGGCAAAGAAAAAUGGUUCGAAGUGCCUGGUGCACUGCAAGAUGGGAGUGAGCCGCUCAGCAUCCACGGUCAUCGCCUACGCCAUGAAGGAGUACGGCUGGAACCUGGACAGGGCCUAUGACUACGUGAAGGAGCGGCGCACCGUCACCAAGCCCAACCCCAGCUUCAUGCGGCAGCUGGAGGAAUACCAAGGGAUCCUGCUGGCCAGCAAACAGCGGCAUAACAAACUGUGGCGCUCACACUCGGACAGCGACCUCUCAGACCAUCAUGAGCCCAUCUGCAAGUCCGGGCUGGAGCUGAACAAAAAGGAGAUCACCAGCUCGGCCGACCAGAUCUCGGAGGCCAAGACCAACGACAACCAGCAGCCGAUGUCUCCCAUCUACUCGGCUGAGCUGGACAGGGAGCAGCAGCUCCCUGAGGAUGCAAACAUGAUCGAGGAGACGUGCGUGAAGGAGAGGAGGAUCCACCUGGAGUUCACGUGUAGAGACUUCCACGCUGAGCAGAUGGAGGACAAGCUGAACCUGAACAACAUCAACGGCUGUACGGCAGGGUGCUGUGUAGAUUCUGUCCCCACUGAUAACUGCCAUGCUUCCGAGGCCUUAAUGCAGCUCCAGCGCCCCUUGGAGAUAACAGAGUUUCCGGAUUUGACGGUGGACGACCUAGAAAAAGAUGCCCUUAAACCUGAUAUGAACGUGCACUUGGUUCCCAUGGAAGAAUUCACUUCGUGCUUAAAAGAGUUCCCCCAGUCCCCAAACCAGAAUUCCCUGAGUUCCCAGCAGAACGCCCAGCCCGAAGUGACAGACCUCAGCACAGACAGGAUUGAUUUCUUCAGCGCUUUAGAGAAAUUCGUGGAGCUUUCUCAGGAGAGCAGGUCACGCACCUGCUCCCACUCCAGGACAGAGGAGCAAGGGAGUGGAAGGAACGGGGUCUCCAGGGUGCCCGCGCUGGAAGUUCCCCCAACUGCAGACGUGGGUGCAGAUGCUCGGAGGAACAGCUCUGGAAAUUCCCCUCAGGCAUCCGAUGACUCUUCCACAGAUGAAGAGCAACAAAAGGAGGUCCCCGAGCUGCCUGGCGCAGGCCAUCUCACGCAGUCCCACUCAGAAAACGCGAUUUCUGUGAAGGAAAUCAUCACAGAGAUCGAGUCCAUCAACCAGGGAGCAGCACCUGCCCAGCAGAAGGAGGCUUCAGCCAACGCCACCCAGACACCAAAAAGGAACACGGUGCACGACCUGCCGGUGGAGGCGGUUUGGGCGUCGGAAAAGGUGGAACAGAGCGAGGGAGCCUGCGCUGGACACCAGGAGAAGGAGAGGGACCCUCCGCAAGCUGAGCGAGACGCUGCCCCCUCGCCGCAGCCCUCUUCCUGUAAGUCUGACCUGGAGGAGAGCAGCCCUGCGGGGGAGCAGCAGAGCGCCAACACGGAGCCCAAGUGGUGCCCUGGCUCCGUCCGGCGAGCCACCUUGGAGUUCGAGGAGCGCUUGAGGCAGGAGCAGGAGCACCAGCACGUGCCUCCCGUCUGCAUCUUACCGACCCGCAAGAAUUCCAGGAACGACUCCGCUGCUGCCGAGCUCCUGCCGCGGGGGAAGACGGAGGAGCCGCCCCUGGAGCUGGCUCCAGAGGACAGGGCACAGAGCGAGGAGCUGCUGCCCCCGGGGGCAGAGCAGCCUGCAGGCAGGCACCCGCCCGUGCCCCGUGCCAACCCUGCGCGGGACCCGCUGCCCGCAGAGCCCAGCCCGGGGCAGGAGGUGCCGGUGCAAGAGCGCAGGACGGUGGUCUCGUUUGAUGGCACGGAAGAGCCAGCACUGCCUUCGCUCCUCCCCAAAAGAAUCGAAAUCAUCGAGUACACUCCCACGGUCAGGGCUGCUGACGUGGGCGGCGAGCUGGCCGCGGCCAUCCCUCCGCUAGAUGAAAACUUGAACCCUUCGUUGUGCUCUGAGAAGGCACCGACCUGUCCCGGAGCUCCGACGCUGGUAAAUCUGUCACUGCAAGAGCACGCGGUACAAAAGCAAGCCACCUCCGCCCGGGGCAGCCCCAGCGAGGAAGGUGGUGUGCUCUCUCUUCACCUCGGUGCUGCUUCCCCCUCUGCCCAGGUGGCCAGUACGCCUUCGGCCAGCCCCGAUCGCUCGUCGUACCCGUGUGUGGUUCACCUGGAAGGCGUCACCGAGCAGAGCACGAGUACAGACAACGAGCCAGUGGCGCCGUGUGGUGCUGAGGGAGAUGCAAAUCUCCCGUUCAGGGACAGCAGCCAGCCUCCGUGCCGGGGCAGUGCUGGCUCCUCGAGGCAGCUGAGCGGCGAGGACUUAUCCAGCCACCACACUGAAAACAUGAACCUGCUGGACAUCUCCUUCCUGUGCUACGGCCUCCCCCACAGCUCCAGCAGCCACAGCGUCGAGGAGCGCAGCAACAGCCCCGGACUGGUCAAGCAGCGGGCAAAGGAAAUAGAAGCACGGAUCCGGCACGCGGGGCUCACCACGCCUUCCCACAUGAAACGCUCCGCAUCCUUGGCCAAACUGGACUGCCUGGACCUCUCCAAGGACGACUUAUCCCAGAGGGAGUCGGCCUCCUCCAACGCCAACCCUGUGCUUCUCACCUGCGUCGCCCUGGGUCGAGGCUUCCGCGGGGGGAGGCUGGAGGAGGGCUUGGAGAGCCCGUGGGGGAAGCACCGCCUCUCCUCCCCGCCCGCCCUCCAGGAUCCCCAACCUGCUCAGCAUUUCGUAGAGCAGCUCAGAACAGCCGAGUGCAUUGCCCAGAGCAAGCCGGUGGAGCGACCGCUGGCUCAGUACGCCAAAGACUGUGGCUCCAGCCAGCAGAGCUUGGCUCCCGGCACGGCUCCAACGUGGACUACCUCCUCGGAGGGUCCUCCGCUGCUCCUGGACUCCUUGUCGGCAGCGCGGGGCCUGGCUGUCGCCCCCCGGCAGCAGCAUGGUAGAACUCACCCCUUGAGGAGACUCAAAAAGACCAAUGAUAAAAAGCGGACAACCAAUCCCCUCUAUAAUACUAUGUGAUCCCGAGCCCUCGGCUGCCAUUUCGUACAGAGAACCCGUGUGGUUGUGUUCACUCAAGGGGCAGGUGUAAUAUAAGGAUCAUGCACUUUAUGGGUUAAUUUUAUAUAUAUAUUGUCAUUUGACUGUUCCUGGCGCAUGUAGGUGUGGGUUGGUUCUUCUGUGUGUGACUCUGACUGCAGGACUGUUUGGUUUUUCGUUUUGUUUUUUUUUUAAUUUUUAUUAACUCAGAUAACCUCAAAUGUUCUUUUUUUUGUUAGUUUGUUUUAAAAGAACACCCUUAUCCAGCAAAACCUGCUAUCGGCUCGCUUCGGCAAGGUGGAAUGUUGCUUAGAACCAGGUCCUAGUCUCUGACUUGAAUUUUCCCCGUGCCACGAAAUGGUGCUGGGCAGCUGGGUUCGAGAGCCCACGUAACUGUGAAGGCUGUGCCAAGACCCCUUUGUUCGGCCUUUCUUUUCUUUCUGCAAACUGGAACUGCACGGUGCUGGCAGGUCUCGUAUGGAGCUGCUCCAGGACCAGCCCCCAGGCUCGGUUCUGCUGGCGAGGAGUGCGCGGGGUGGGCUCCGAGCCCCCCGGCACCUCUCAGCCCCCCUUUUGUGGGGGCACAGCUCCUCCGCCAGCUGCCCCAUCCUCUGUUACCCCAGCCAGAGCCCGCAAAACCAGGGUGUUCUUCUAAAACAAACGCCUCGUUAGGGUGUGAACCCUUCCAUUACUUGAAUACUGCUGUGGGCCUUCCAAGUUCAUGGCCAUAUCAUCUGUCCUCUGCCCUCCUGCUGCCUCCCCUCCACCCGAACCCUGGUCUGGUCUCGUGCUGCCUGAGUUUUCCUCUCCCCCCGCCAUGCUCACAGGCACUUCUGUUCGCUUCCCGACCUAGAGGCUGUUAAAAUUGUUACACGAUGUAUUCCCCUCCUGAAUGCAAAGCUUCGUCCUCUCUGCUGUCACUCCUACCACUCAACCCGGAGGGAAGAUCUUUUCUGGAAGUCUUUUUCUUUUUUUUUUUUGCCUGAAUUGUUGUACAUACGGUAUUUAUAUAGAUUUUUGUUGUUGUUUCUAUUUUUUUUAAAGGGCAAGACUGCAUUCUGUAAACUGGAAAACAAAACCACCUAACUCACACUCAGUGCUGUUCGUUGUAAUCUGCACGGAAACGGAGUGGAUUUUACUUUCUAAGCCGUCUUCCCGUUCCACAAGUGAGCCUCGAUGCUGGCUUUUGCCAAAUGUGUCCCCUCCCCUCCAGUCCUGCGUUCACCCCUGUCACCCUGCUGCAGGAGAGGGACUGCGCCUCUGCCCAUCUCCCUCCUGCCUGAAGCUGGGUUUCAGAAGUGCCAGCGGGACGUGGACAGCCAUCCCCACGCCCGCUCCGAGCCAUUCUGCAGGUUCUUGCCUCCCCCGAGAGCCGUGCCCCUGUGCGCACGCAGCGCCUGCUCCAAAUUUCAGCUCGUUAUUUACGGUUCCCCAGCAGUUUGGCUAAAUCCAAACUCCUCCUUUCCAGCCGUGCAUAUCCACAAAUUAUCCGGCUGCUGUCGGGAGCAGAGAAAAAGGCACUUGAGGGCUGCAGGGGAGCUCUGGGUCCUGUCUGCAGUCCCGUGGCAGGGCUACGGCAGGGCACGCACGGCGUGUCUGAGCUGGUGCUUGGCGUCGGCCCAGGCCUGCUCCCAGGAGGAGCGCAGCAGCGAGAAGAUGCAGAAUGGCUCCGGCUGCUGAAAGCCCGGCACGGAGAGGACAUGGGGUGGGAGGAGCAGCGGACAAGGCCGUGCCUGGAAAGCAGCACCGAUGCUGCAGAGCCUUGCAGGCUCUGCUGAGACAAGCUCAGCUCCAACCGCAGAGGAGCGCAUGGCCCCGGAGCGUGGCAGAGUAGUGGGAAGCAGCACCCGUCCCCCCUGGGAGAGGGGCAGCUGGAGCCCUGCAGCUCGCCAGUGUCCCGUGUCAGGGCAGAUCCUAGCAGUGUGCAAGGUGAAGUGAGCCUGGGGCAGGAUCCCACCUCCCUGCCCUCCUCUAGAUCCGAGGGACCAUCUGCUUCCUUGCCUGGACUGUGCACACAGCCUGGGCUGGAGCGCAGCCCGAGGUGGCCCAGCAGGGCCCUGCGGGGGUCAGGUAGCACGUUGUCCUGGGCCAGCUCGCUGCGAGUCACCCAAGGCCCUGAGCUGGGAGGCCAACUCCUCCUCUGGGACAGCGGGAGAUGUUUGGCUUCUCCCAGCCAGCUCCAGCUGGCUUUGGAGGCGGGCGGGCAGUGAGGAAAGGCCAAGGGCCUCGUGUCACCUGGCCAAGGGCAAUUUCAGCCCUCGCCUCCCCCACCACCCUCCGUAGACCCCGCUGCCCACAGGGGCAGAAGGACAGGGUGCCCCCGAGGGUGAGAAUCUGCUGGGGAGGGAAAGCCCCGGGUGUAAUUUGUCCCUUCAGAGUGAGGAUCAGGAAGGUGACGGUUUGGGGUUUUCUUUCUGCCCGACUUGAUCUGACACCUGCUUUUUGCAGACCAGCAGCGCUGCUUCCUCCCAGUACUCCGCUCCUCUCCGGGUGCUCCAGCCCGGGGGAGCCGUGCCGUGCUGUCCCCUUGUCCGCGGCUCUGGGGACAGCCGGGGCAGGUCCCUCUCCUGCAGAGUGAUGAAGGCCUUGGGGGCUGGAGGCUCUGAACUCGAUGGCAGAAGGGGAGCGGGCUGGAGGGGCGCAGCGCACGCAGCUCCCAGGUCCUAGGCGAGUGCCUGGGCUCAGAGGUCCCUGCCCGGGGACAGUUGUCCCCUCUCCGUGCCGCUGGCUCGCCCCUGGUCCCCGCGGCCACCCCAGUGCUUCCUGCGCCCUGCUGAGCCUCGCGAGGAGCAGCACCUUCCCCGAGGGAAGGAGCAGCAUCUCCAGAGCGCUCGGCAGCUGACGAGCCUCGCUGGCAGAGGGGGGUUAGGAGGAACGCGUUGUUUUAAGGGCAUUUUUGUACAAAGCAGCUGUUCUGGUCUCUCGCGAAGCCCUCUCGGAGGACGCUUUGUUGUUUACAUUGACUCCUGUACAAUAUCUCAGCCAUUGCCUCCCCCCUUGCCCGCCUGAUCUCCGGCUGUACUGUAACGUGUGAGCCUUGCACAAACGGAUAGUGUGUGCGUGAAACUGGUUUUUACACUGCGUUCUGUUGCACUCGAUGGUGUGUGUGUGUGCGUGUGCGUGCGUCCGGUCUGCUGAGAAGUCGCCACCUGUACAGAUCUCUCCCCUUCGGCCCUCUCGGGGGGGCACGGUCCCAGCGGGUGGCAAGAGGUGACGCCGCUUCAGGCUCCUUUGGGCUCGAAGCCGGGCGAGGAUUUUGGGUCGUGUCCCCCUGCUGGGAAGGGCCCCGUGGAAGGGAGCCCAGUGGCACCCGGCACCGCUCGGACUCGGUGUGGGCACCGCGGUGCCGCUCGCCCUUGCCCCGGGAGCCCCGCAGCCCUACUGGGACAAGGAAGCCACACCUGCAGCGGGUCCCUGCUCCCAGCACGGUGCCUCCUGCCUUAAUCCCGUCCUGGCUCAGCGCAGAGGGGCCGGAGCCCCGAGCCCCUGCUGGUGUGGGCAGAGGUGGGAGCCGGGGUCGGGCUGGGCAGGGGCUCGGCCACCUUCUGGCAGUGCCACGAGCGGUGCCCCCAGCCCGGCCGCGCUGCAGACAUCUCCGUUGGCACGAAUGCGAGUGCCGGUGCCUUUUCUUUUCCUUCCUGGAGAUGCGAUGUCCGUGCGGGGGUUUGUCGGGCCGGCCGUGGGGCAGCACGAGCCCCCCGGGGCUGCAAACCGGGGAGGGGAGCGGAGCACUUCUGUCGGCCCCUCCCAGACCUUCCGUGGUGGCUGGGAUCGUCCCCUUCCCCUAUAGACCUACGACCGAUGUGCUCAGCUGUUUUUAAAUGUGAACUUGUGCACUGAUGUGCAGAUUCAAUGUUCUUGUUACCGAAUGAAUAAAGUUUUAUUUUGACGACGA